AUGAAUACUUGGCUUCAGAAUGACGAGCCGCUAAAAUUUGACCGUGUUCUUUGCGAUGUGAUCUGCAGUGGAGAUGGUACUCUUAGAAAAAAUCCGGAGAUUUGGUCGAAAUGGACACCGCAAGAUGCAUUAGGACUGCAUCGCAUGCAACUUUCUAUCGCACAAAAAGGAGCUACUCUCUUAAAAGUCGGUGGUCGAAUGGUAUAUUCAACAUGUUCGAUGAACCCAAUAGAAGAUGAGGCAGUUGUAGCGCAACUACUUCGAAUGUCGAGCGGCUCUCUUCGAUUAUGUGACGCGCAUCAGUUACUUCCUAAACUCAAAGCUCUUCAUGGAGUUUCGUCGUGGAAGGUAUUCGAUCGAGACAUGAAUAUUUACGAUAAGCCUGAAGACGUGCCCGACUUCUUGCGAAGAAUUAUCUGUCACUCAUGCUUCUCCCCUUCGGAGGAAGAGGCCAAAUCGCUGCAUUUGGAGCAUUGCAUUCGCAUCGUUCCCCAUCACCAGGACACAGGUGGUUUUUUUGUGGCCUUGAUCGAAAAGGUGGACGAAGGAAGUUUCAAUAACGUUGUGCCUGUGGGCGCUCCUGCAUACAAAAAACAGAAAAUGUUCAAGGAUGAGCCUUUCACUUUCUUGAAAAAAGAGGAUGACCGCUGGGCUGAUAUCAAGUGA